GCCAUGUUUGUUUGGGGCAGAUCAGUGUGAUCCGCUAAAGCCGCACCAGCUGGUCGAUCUUUAACUAGGACAACAGCUAAAACAAGCCCUGACCUAACCUCAGUCCCUUUCUGCACUCAAGGGCUCGACAAGAUGGACCGCUGCUUCGUCCUGGCUGUGUGUGUGUGUGCUGCUGUAAGUGUUGUGAAUGGAGAUGAUGGUGAUGUUGGACACACUGCAGGGGCUCCUGGAGCUCCGGUGCGUUUAUCCGACUCGGACCCGGGACUCCUUAAAGCACUGAGAUUCGCUGAAGAACGCUACAACAUUCAGUCCAAUGGGAUGCACAUCCGCAGGGUCAGCAAGAUAAUAUCUGCCACGAGACAGCUUGUUAAAGGAGUGAGGUACAGCAUCACUGCAGAGAUUGGACGAACUCAGUGUAAGAAGUCCGCCGAGCUGCAUGUUACCAAGGACUGUGAAUUUUUCCAAGAGUCGCACAAACAGAAGACGGAAGUGUGUUUGUUUGAAGUCUGGGACAUUCCCUGGGAGAACAAGUCCACUCUGCUUAAACAGAAAUGCCAGCCUGUAGUUCCAAAGGAGACUAAAAACAUUGUGCGUGUCCCUCUCUCUCGUGACAAGCCCAACCAGGAAACUGUAGACCUUCUGAUGCAGUUCAAAGACUUCAUGGUCAAAUACAACCGCACCUACGCCUCUCAGGAAGAGGCUGAGAAGCGCCUGGGAAUUUUCCAGCAGAAUCUGAAAACAGCGCAGACUCUGCAGACUCUGGACCAGGGAACAGCGGAGUACGGUGUGACCAAAUUCAGUGACCUGACAGACGAUGAGUUCAGAAUGAUGUACCUGAACCCCAUGUUGAGUCAGUGGAGCCUGCAGAAACCGAUGAAGCCAGCAGCUCCAGUGAGUAAGGCAGCUCCAGACACCUGGGACUGGAGAGACCACGGAGCUGUCAGUAGUGUCAAGAACCAGGGCUUCUGUGGCUCUUGCUGGGCUUUCUCUGUCACUGGGAACAUUGAAGGCCAAUGGUUCAAGAAAACUGGACAACUGCUGUCGCUCUCAGAGCAAGAGCUGGUGGACUGUGAUAAGCUGGAUCAAGCUUGUGGAGGUGGGCUUCCAUCCAACGCAUAUGAAGCUAUUGAAAACCUGGGAGGUCUCGAGACAGAGACAGACUACAGCUACUCAGGACACAAGCAGAAGUGUGAGUUUACCUCUGGGAAAGUAGCGGCCUACAUCAACAGCUCUGUCGAACUGCCCAAGGAUGAGAAUGAUAUUGCUGCUUGGCUGGCUGAGAACGGUCCUGUUUCUGCUGCUCUCAAUGCUUUUGCCAUGCAGUUCUACAGAAAGGGAGUUUCUCACCCUCUAAGGAUUCUGUGCAACCCCUGGAUGAUCGAUCACGCAGUGCUGCUUGUCGGAUAUGGAGAACGUAACGGCGUUCCAUUCUGGGCCAUUAAGAACAGCUGGGGAGAAGACUACGGUGAGCAGGGUUACUACUACCUGUACAGAGGAUCCAAUCUGUGUGGAAUUAACAAGAUGUGUUCGUCUGCAGUGGUCAACUAGGACCAUAUGCGAGCACACACAAGGAUAUAGUUCACUUGUAGGAAAGAUACGUGACCACACAUGCAAAACCAUGCAUAAAUGCACUAUAAUAUUUGCAGUGUUCUAAUCUGAUCAAGCUGUGACAUGUGAAGUGUUCAUGUAUUUGCUACUCUAUGUCAUUUAUUACUGCUCUUGAGUUUAGACUAAAACACCACAGACAGUAAAUGGCAUAGAGGGAUGAAUCAGUGUGUCAGUACCUCAUAUUACCUUCAUUUCCAUUACAAACAAGGUACAAUGUCUCUAAGCCUGUUACUGUGACACGAAGCUUCAUCGCACCCUUACAUUAAUGUUUUAUUGCAUUUGAAUCUAAUUUAAAUCCUAACUUAAUUUUAAUACUAAACUAAUAUUUUGUUUUUAUGUGUGAUAUUGUGGUGAUACAUUGGGAGGCCUAAUUGGACGCGUUUGAUUCCAGUGCUACUGACUUUGAAAACACUUUUCCAUUUUUAUUAACGUUAUUAAAUAAUAUUGAUUAGUUAGUUCUCAUUGUCGUUUUGAUUUAGAAAUAGAUAACCUGCUUCCAAGGAACAGAAAUGAUUUCUCUGAGAUUGAAGUGUACAUAACAUACUACAUCUAAUAUAUUCAAGUAUUCAAUAUUAUUAACAACAACACGGAAAGUGUGACAUAAUGCUAACUUGUUUAAUUAUUAAAGUUUUAAUUUAAAAAUGAUUGCUGCUUCUUGCAUGGUUUCAGAUGUCAUCAUGGUUUAGUCAGUCUGCUGAAAAAAUAAAAUCACUAAUUAGUUCCAGA